AUGCAGAUACCUGGAAAGGUGCUUGUUGAGCCACGAGACUAUCGGUCCUUUUGUUUUCGUGGAGAGGGAAGAGCCAAUUUUGUUAUCAGCGCGAGACACAGAUUGACAGGAGUCAGAAUAGUAUGGAGGUUUGCGAAAGCCCGAAAAAGCGGUCUUCUGACAGUGAAGGCGAGAAGUGAGCUGGUGAACAGCUAUAUGGAACGAAUUGUUGCCCCAUUCUUCGAUGAGCAAUAUCUAGUUGGCAUGAAUAUCGUUGAGUUUGACACGGUGGAUGUGCAUCAACUCGCCAAGAUUCCCAGUCUUCCUGCCAAUCAGAAAAUCGAAACUUUCGAGGAAUUAUUUGAUUUGCCGGAUGAGUACUCAUUCUUGCCACUGAACACAUUUCAGAGAGUACAUGGAACAACAAUUCUGACGAAUCCGAAGAGAUUGACUUCGUUGCAAAUGUUGGAUGCUACUCAACUACCAACGACGAUUUCAGACGAGGGCCAUAGUUCGACGAUUACUGUUGAAAUCAAACCAAAACAAGGAUUCUUCCAACACCAUCCGAAUGUAAAUGUUGCCCAUUGCAAUAAUUGCAUUCUUCAAAUCGAAAAGUCCUGUGGACACUCUCAUUUCUCGGAAAUGUACGACUUCUGUCCAAUGGAUUUGUUCUCGGGAAACUACUCUCGAAUGCACAAAGCGAUCCAUUCCCUCUUCUUGGUUCCGCAUCGAAAUUUGAGAAUUUUCAUCGAUGGAAAUCAAGUGCAUUCGGAUGAAAAACCACUGGAAGAGGCCGUUUUCUCGGAAACUCUGUUCCCCAGAAACGAGGCGACGUCAGAGGAUUUGAUUUCUGCUCUGUGCCUCGCUCUAUCUGGAAAUCAAUCAAAAAAGAAGUUCCGCCUUCGAAAUUCGUCAGUCCUCGGACAAAUUCUUCGAGCACAGAAGGUUGAUGAAAUCGGAAUCGUUCAAGCACAUGCGAUUUACGAUCGAAUGGAUCAUCACACGAAAACUGCGCUCCUCGAUAAAUCUUCGUUGACAAGAGCUGGAUUGGAAGCGAUUUUGGAACGAAAAUCGUUGGAAAAUGAGCAUCUUCUGCAACAACUUCGACGAUAUUUCCUCGCUGCCACUAUGAAAGAUUGCUCGAUUAUGAUCUCUCUUCGAUUAAUCCAAUCAUGCCCAAGCCCACGUCGAGAUAUCAUUCGACUUCCCAACGGCCGAGUUUUCGCCUUCACCAUAAAAAUUGUCGAUUUGGAUCCCAAAACUGCUAAAAAUUUGAUCAACUGUCACCCUCGUUUCAUGUCUGGAGUCAAGAUAAUUCGUCUGGAUCAGGAAUCCGCGGAACAUGAUCGAAAAUUCAAGCCAUGCGUUUAA